ACCCCACCACUGCGCCGCACCAAGCACACAAAUCACAGCUGCUGCUGCUGCUGCUCUGCUCCCCUCCUACCACCUGCCCUUUUGCCCCCACGCACAACACACGUCGUCAGCCUCUGCCUUUCACGCUGCCGCCGCCGCCGCGAGCCUGAGCUCCGGUCUCCUCGCUCUGCACCGACUGUCUGCGUCAUCAGCUCCGGCCACGGCGUGGCGAUGGACAGUCUGAACACGAAGCUGUACCUGCAGAACUGCUACAUGCUCAAGGAGAACGAGCGGCUGCGCAAGGCGGCCGUGCUUCUCAACCAGGAGAACCAGGCCCUGCUCUCCGAGCUCAAGCACCGCCUCGCCAGGUCGCCGUCGCCGGCCGCCGCGGCACCCGGCGUCGCCAACGACAGCAAGAACGCCGCCGCCGCCGCCGGCCGCCACGCUGGCCCGCCUCCGGUGCAGGACAAGUCAGCCUCCAAGUCCAAGUAGGCUAUAGCCACGAGCUCACAGCUGCUUGGUCACAGAGAAGCGGAUGCUUGCUUGAGCCACUGUGGAUGCAUGGUGAUGGUGCUGCAGGUGUUUGGGGGUGUGUGUGUUUUAACUUUAGCCGUGGAUGUCAACUAGGAAGGCGUUUUUAAUUACUUUCAGUUGCUGAAUUCUGGAUUCUCUGCUCACUGGUAUGUAGUCUUAACAUGAUAUCCUUGUAAUGGAUAGCCAGGUUAAUUGGAGGUACAUAUACAUAGCUUUGUUUUUUUAGCACAUAGUACUAGUAUAUGUUUAUGCUCAACA